UCCCGCCUCCUUGUGGGGUUCUGCCCCGCCUCUCGGCCCCUAACGCAAGGUCAUGUCCCGGAAGUGAAGGGGCCAUGUUGGUGGGUGACCCCGGGAUAGGCACCCGGCGAAAGACGAGUCCCGAAGAGUGAUUUCGCGCGUUCCGCGGCUUGCCGCCCAGCCCCUGUUGGUCCCCCAUGGCCCCGUGGAGCCGAGAGGCAGUGCUGAGUCUCUACCGGGCUCUGCUGCGCCAGGGCAGGGAGCUUCGCUACACUGAUCGAGACUUCUACUUGGCUUCCAUCCGCCGUGAGUUCCGGAAAAAUCAGAAGCUAGAGGAUCCUGCGGCCCGAGAGAAGCAGCUGGAAAAGGGUCUGGUGUUCCUUCACAGCAAACUGGGGGGAAUUAUUUAG